GCUCUACCUUUUUUUUUUUUUUAGCAUGUGCUUGUCCGUCGGGUAGAUUUAUUGCGCAGUUGGCUCCGGAGCUCUGCGUUGAUGCAACCCCCCCGCAUUUUGGUUUCUUUCCCGCGCCGUAUCUCAUCUCAUCUCAGUUUUUUUUUUUAAAUCUUAUUCCCAUUGAAUCAUUUGACGAGAUGGCUUCAGAACAGAAAUACGUCCUCAUUACAGGCUGCUCGCCGGGAGGCGUUGGCAAUGCGUUGGCUCGAGAGUUCCACCGGAGGGGGCUUCAUGUCAUUGCCACGGCUCGCAAUCCAGAUGUGCUCAAGGAGCUGGAAUCCAUGGGCAUGAGCGCCGUCCAGCUGGAUGUCACCAGCCAAGACAGCCUCAACCGGGCCAAGCACGAUGUUGCCCAGAUCACCGGUGGCCGACUAGAUAUCCUGGUCAACAAUGCUGGCCGCACUCACACCAUCCCGGCCCUCGACAUCGAGAUUGACGAUGUCCGCCAGACCUAUGAGACCAACGUCUUCGGCCCCAUGUUCACCGUCCAGGCCUUUGCCGACCAGCUCAUCGCCGCACGCGGCCUCAUCGUCAACAUCUCCUCCACCAGCUCCGUCAGCUCUUACAUCUUCGGCUCCGUCUACGCCUCGUCCAAGGCCGCCAUCAACGGCUGGUCUCGCAUCCUGCGCCUCGAGCUGCAGCCCUUCAACGUCCGCGUCAUGGUCGCCAUGGCCGGCACCAUCAAGUCCCAAAUCACCAGCCACGGCCACCGCUCGCUGCCGACCACGUCGCUGUACAGGCCGGUGGACGACUACUUCCAGAAGCGCCUGGUCUUUAGCCAGAACAAUGCCACGAUGCCGACAGAGGUCUUUGCCAAGAAACUCGUGUCUGCUGCGCUCAAGGGAGAGGGCUGGUUUGGAGGACUGAUUGGAGGGACGCCGGACUGGUUCUGGGCGGGAGGAUUGUCGACCAAGGUGUGGCUGACGACUUUGGUUCCCAACAAGCUCGCCGAGUGGGCAUUUGGUGUCUUUUUUGGGAUUUCCAAUCUGAAGAAGCGUCUUACCGAGGCACGGCAGAAGCAGGCGUAGAGUCAGUGAGAAGGGAAGAUGGUAGCAUUCGACGGCAAGGAAUUAGUUGCAAUAUUGGAGGGCUGAUUGUUGGCUGCAGGGAUGGUAUCGGUUGUCAAGCAUCUCUUUAAUCUAAUAUACGCCACAAGUAUUGAAUCUGGUUGUGUCAUGCGGUGUCAAGUCUAUUUCUCGUAUUGAGUUGUGAGUGGCGCUUGUCAACUCCAAAAUUGCUUGCCUUUGUACAUUGCUCUGCGCCGUGUAAAUGCU